CAUCGUGCUUCGCAUGUUUUCUUAUUGCUCCGUAUAAUUUUUAUUCGAAAAAUAUAAAUUUAAAGGAGUAAAAAUCUAAAAAAUAUCAAAAAAAGACAAAUUUGUUCAAGAUGAGUGAAGAAAAAUCCACAAAUUCACAAAACAUCGAAGAAUUACCUGAAAAUCCUGAUGAUGAGAUGGUUUACUUUGGUGACUUGACUGACGAAGUAAUUGACGAUUUGGAGAACGCCCUUGGAGCGGAAGAGCCUUUGUCGGAUGAGGAAGGCGCGGAAAAUGUUCAUGAAGAAGAAGAACGUGAAUUACCUGAACGCGAUGACUCGAUUUUAACUUUUGCCAAACACGAAGGUCCCAUUUUCUGUGCUUCGCUUCAUCCCUCGGAGAAUCUCGCUGUCACGGGAGGCGAAGAUGACAAAGCUUACGUUUGGAAUACGGCAACGGGCGAAGUUGUUUUUGCUGUUCCGGAUCAUAAUGACUCCGUAAUUGCGGCGGGAUUCAGUCACGAUGGCAUUUUUUUGGCUACGGGCGAUAUGGCGGGCGAGAUUCAAGUCUUCAAAACGACAAAAGAUUACGAAAAAGUUUGGAGUUUCUCCAUGGGCGACAUGUGUUGGAUGAAAUGGCAUUCGGCGGGGCAUGUUUUGUUAGCGGGAGCAGAUUCGGGCGAAAUUUACGUGUGGCGAAUCCCGUCGGGAGAUUGCAAAGUACUUCAAGGAUACGGCGAAAAAUGCGAAACAGCGACUUUGACGGAAGAUGGAAAGAAACUCGCCGCUGGAUAUGGCGAUGGAAUGUUCAAAUUGUGGGAUUUGAAAGCAGGAACAGCGAUAAUUGAGAUGCCUCCGACGGAAAAUGCAACAGGACAUUCCGAAACAAUCACAACCAUCUCGUGCGAUCGCGAAAAUCAUUUAAUUCUCACAGGAAGCGAAGAUGGCAAAGCAACGUUACUCACGCCAAAUGGACCAGUUGGAGUGUUAAAUGGCAAUUCGGGAGCUAUUGAGAGUGUUUUGCUCGAUUGCCCGGAUUUGGAUGCGAAAAUUGCCGUUACAGCAACGCUCGAUGGAAAAGUUACGAUUUGGGAUGCAAGUAAACAAAUUGCACGAACAGAAUGUGAAGAUCCGAAUCCCGUGGGAAUUACGAGAAUGGUUUGGGCGAAAGAUCAUGCGAUUGUCGCGGGAAGUCUCAGUGGUGCAAUUAAAGUUUGGGAUGCGAGAACGGGUCAAUUGAGGUUUACGUUGCUCGGGCAUGCGGAUAAUAUUAACGAUGUGUGUUACGAUAAGAAGAGAAAUAUCGUUUUGAGUGCUUCGGAAGAUGGAACAGCGAAGAUUUUUAAUUAUUCUUCGCCUGUUUAGGAAAAUUUUUAUGAAAUUUAGGAAUUUUAUAUUAAAAAAAAAUUAAAAAUAAAAA